AUGAACACCAAGUACAUUUCGAAUUCUUGCCCAAACAAUUCUACAUGCAAUGAAGUUUCUGAAGACAAUUGCCACUGUUCAGAACCAGUCAUUAAUUUGGACAAAGAUUGUGACAGUGUUACAGACCCUGGCUUCCUAUCCAGUCCUUGUUAAGGAAAUGUUACUUGUAUGAAGAUCCCAGGAGAAGGGAACUUUCUGUGCAAAUGUCUUCCUGGUUAUAGCAGAACAACCUAUGAAAUUGCCACCAGAUGCCAGUGGCAUGAGGGUAUUUAUCAUGAGGAUUCUGCAGAGGAUCCUGUCUGCAUCUGCACCACUGGCUAUGCUGGAAGGUUCUGCAAAAGGGAUCGUGAACGUGCUUCCAGCCCCUCACAUGGAGCCAUGUGCCAGGAUGGAGUCAGCAGCUUUCCCUGCCUCUGCAUUCAAGGAUAUUAAGCAAGCAGAAUGAAUGACUUGAAGUUAGAUUAGUAUGCUUCAGAUCCCUUCAAACAAGACUCUCCCAUCAACAAGAUAGGAAGACACACUUCAAUUUGUCCUUUUGAUUUUCCUGCAUGGAGGAUUUGUUCUAAAAUUCUCCUGGGCUAUACUCACCACCAAUAUCUAAGUAAUUGAAUCUGCAUCCCUGACCAGCAUGGAUUCAGUUGCCUGUGUUCAUCUGGUUACACUGUCCCUUUUUUUUUUUAAGUCCCUCUGUGUGAAAUUGCCACCACAAUUUUUAUCAAGGGCAAUGGCUUUCUCUGGGUUACAAAUGGUUAUGUGACAAACACAGAGCUCAGAUUUCAGCUAAUUCAGCUAAAUACCAUUCAGAUAAUGACACAUUUACUUUUCCAAGGUAAUAGGGACAGGUCCAUAAGGCUGCAAUAUUUCUUAUCAGUUCAAGUUAAUAAUAAGUCAAAAAUUAUUCUGCACAUUGUCCUCAACACCUGUGAUAGGGACUGGUAUUCCCUGGAAGUGAUGUGUGGAGAGGUGGUGACCCUUGCUUGAGUGGACAUCUUUUGUGUAGAGCAAUGCAUCCUUUAAGUUCCUCCAUUUGAAAGUGACUGAUAGAUAUGUGCUUCGCAAAAUUCCUUUUGGGGUGGUUUGCCAUUGGGAGCAACCAACAGUGAUGUUGCUCUGCUUCAUAUGUAUUGUAUACUCACGCCUUUGUUUGUAGGCUGUCUCCAAGACAGUCAAACAAAUUUGAAUCAAGUAAUCCCAGAGAACAUUUCAUGAGACUCAUCAGUCAAUGUCAAGACAGGCUGUGAGAGAAAAGAUUGGUGUGAACAACCAUGUCAAAACAGAGGAUGCUGCAUCAACAUGUGGCUUAGUUAUUGAUAUACUGUGUUUACUGCACAAAGCAGUGGAAAUAUUACCAGAGAACUGGCCAAUAUCAUGUUUGGUUUCAGAACAAAGAAUAUGAAUGUGAGCACAUUGUUUGCAGAUAAAGAGGCUGAAUUGAUUCAUAUUGACAUUCAAGAAUCCAGAUGAUUAUUUCAAUUGCAAAGUAGCAAUAGUUUUUAUAUACUGAAUCUGAUAAGCUUGGAGUUAUUGAAUGAUGGCGGGUGGCACAAAAUGAUUCUUCCCUUGACUGACCCCCUAUACAAAUGGAAAAUGGAAGUGGACAACCAGACAUCUUUUGUUACCAGUGUUGUUGCUUCUGGCAGUCUCGACUGUUUAAGGGACAAUACAGGCAUUCAUGAAGGGAACGAACGAGCUAUUGACAAUCUGCCCAGCGCAUGAGGAUGUCUAAGCACAAUAGACAUCAAUGGUGAUUCUCUCUCUUACUUUGAAAAUGUUCAUGGUUUCAUGAGCAAACCCCAGGCAGAUCAGUUCCUCAAAAUCUCAGUAAAUUCUGUAGUGACUGGAUAUUUGCAGCCAAAUGCCUCCAAUUCCAGUCCUUGUUUGCACAGAGAAAAUUGUGAAGACAUCUAUAGCUCUUAUCACUUCUGCCCCAUGGGAUGGUCAGGCACACGCUGUGAACUCAACAUUGAUGAAUGCUUCUCAAGCCUCUGUAUCCAUGGCAACUGCUCCAACAGAAUCACAGCCUAUCACUGCACGUGUGAUCCUGGAUACACCAGUGUGAACAGUGAAGUAGAUAUGGACUAUUACCAGAGUCAUCCAUGUGCCAAUGGGGCCACCUGCAUCAGUGAUGCCAAUGGCUCUUCCUCUCUCUGUUUGGAAAAUUUGACUGGGAAGUUCUCUGGACACACCAGAUUACCCUCAGCAGUCUGUGGGAAUGAGAAGACAAAUCUCUCUUGCUACCAUGGAGGCAGCUGCCCUGAGUUCCAGGGUGAAGUAAAAUGCUUAUGCUGUCCAGGUUUGACUGGGGAACGGUGGAAAAAGGACAUGGAUGAAUAUGCGUCUGCUCCAUGCCUCAAUGGAGGCUGGUACCAGGAAUGGCUCAAUCAAUUCUCAUGCUUCUGUGAUGUGGGCUUUGCUGCCGAACACUGUGAGGCAGAUGUGAACAACUCCUUUUAUAUCUCCCUCAUGCUAUGGCGGAUCCCCUUUCUCCUUAACCUUGGUCAAACAUUCAUUUUCAAUAACACAUUCUUGUUAUGUAUUCAAACUUUCCUAUUUUCUCAUUCACAAUUUUCAAAACAGAAUGGUGAAAACCACCUUCAUUCUCUUGAUGUAGCAUACAUGAGUGAAAGCAUGGUUCAAGCCAAAGAUAAAACCUUAUUUCUAAUGUUAAAUCUUUAA